AUAGCCCUCAAAAUUCUCGACAAGGAUAAGGUCCUUAAGCACAAAAUGGCUGACCAGAUUCGGCGGGAAAUAGCUACAAUGAAACUAAUAAAACAUCCGACUGUCGUUCAAUUGUACGAGGUCAUGGCAAGUAAGACCAAGAUAUUUAUCGUCUUGGAAUUCGUCACUGGUGGAGAGCUCUUCGAUAAAAUCGUAAAUAACGGAAGGAUGAAAGAAGACGAAGCGAGAAAAUAUUUUCAGCAGCUUAUUCAUGCUGUUGAUUAUUGUCAUAGCAGAGGAGUCUUUCACCGAGAUCUAAAGCCGGAGAACUUACUAUUGGAUGCUUCUGGAAACCUCAAAGUUUCCGAUUUUGGAUUAAGUGCUCUUUCCCAACAAGUCAGGGACGAUGGUCUGUUGCAUACUGCAUGUGGAACUCCGAAUUAUGUUGCUCCCGAGGUUCUGAACGAUCGAGGCUACGAUGGAGCUACUGCAGAUUUGUGGUCGUGUGGAGUGAUACUCUUCGUAUUGCUUGCCGGCUACUUGCCUUUUGACGAUUCGAAUGUUAUGAAUCUAUAUAAAAAGAUAUCUGCUGCUGAAUUCACUUGUCCUCCGUGGCUUUCGUUCGGAGCGAUGAAGUUGAUUGCUCGAAUACUCGAACCAAAUCCUCUCAAACGGAUCACGAUAGCUGAAAUACUGGUGGACGAGUGGUUCAAGAAAGGCUACAAACCGCCGGUAUUUGACGAGAAAGAAGACACAAAUUUGGACGAUGUGGAAGCCGUGUUUAAGGAUUCUAAGGAGUAUCUGGUGACGGAGAAAAGGGAAGAGACGAAGCCAGCUCCGAUGAACGCAUUUGAGUUAAUUUCCAUGUCGAAAGGUCUCAAUCUCGAGAAUUUAUUUGGUGUAGAACAGGGGUACAAGAAGGAAACGAGGUUCACAUCAAGAUGCCCAGCUAACGAGAUAAUCAAUAAGAUCGAACAAGCUGUAAAACCACUCGGUUUCGAUGUUCACAAGAAGAAUUACAAGAUGAGGCUUGAAAACUCGAAAGCUGGAAGAAAAGGCAAUCUUAAUGUUUCCACUGAGGUUUUUCAAGUUGCGCCUUCGAUGCAUAUUGUCGAGGUUAGAAAAUCAAAGGGAGAUACUUUGGAGUUCCACAAGUUCUAUAAAAACCUUUCGACCUGCCUCGAGGAUGUAGUGUGGAAAACGGAAGACGACAUGCAAACAAAUGAAGUAGAGACGACUCUGUGAACGAGAGCAUUAUUUAGUAUGAGUUUUUUUUUUUUUUUUUUUUUUUCUUUUUUGUCGGCUCGACGAAUGUGUAAAAAAAAUUGCUCGAUUUUUUCCAUUAUUUGGUUUGUUUGUUUUUUGCUUUCUCUCGUGGGACCUUUUUUCGCCAGGAGGGAAAAAUGUUGGGUUCGAAUUGGUUUCCCCGGUUCGUUUCUUGGUAAGAAAUUUCGAGAGCGUAGAUCAGUGUUCUUAGUGAGGGGUGUGUGUGUGUGUGUUUUUGGGGAAUCUUCUCUGUAUUAUUCUCAGGCAAAUGCAAUCUUCAUUGUAAAGCAUGAAUUUUCGUACUAGAUUCGGUUUCGGUUUCGGUUGUCGGAUAAUCGUUAGUUGAAUUUUCAACAGUUAUUGCAAGUUUCAGUUGUGA